AAAAAAAAAAAAAAAAAAAAGUUAUUUUUUAACUAUAUCACUUUAUUCGAGAGCGCAUCGUAACGUAUCGUAUCGUAUAGCAGUGUAAUAUAACAUAAUAUUAUAUAGCACGUACAUUUGCGUUCUAUAUUCUUUUCUUUUUUUGUUUUUGAUUUAAAAACAACAACACUACAUCAUGUCUGGACGUGGUAAAGGCGGCAAAGUCAAGGGGAAGGUCAAGUCUCGUUCUAACCGUGCCGGACUGCAAUUCCCCGUGGGACGUAUACAUAGACUGUUGCGUAAUGGAAAUUACGCGGAACGCGUUGGCGCCGGUGCACCUGUUUAUCUAGCCGCCGUUAUGGAGUACCUAGCCGCUGAAGUUCUAGAGUUGGCAGGAAACGCCGCUAGGGACAACAAGAAAACCAGAAUCAUACCUAGACAUCUUCAAUUGGCGAUAAGAAACGACGAGGAGUUAAACAAACUUCUCUCCGGUGUGACCAUCGCACAGGGCGGCGUGUUGCCGAACAUUCAAGCGGUGCUGUUGCCCAAAAAGACCGAGAAGAAGGCUUAAUUAAUUAGUUAGUAAUUAAUUAUACCUUUAUAAAAUACCUAAAACUGUAACACCGACGCUGCGUGGGCACGCGUUGCACGUCGCAAACCAUGAGCGAGCGAGUGAGCGCGCGCGCGCAUACAUAAAAAAAAUUUAAUAAAUAAAGCGCGUGCGUGAGUUGUUAGGUAAAUGGACAAAACAAAAGGCCCUUUUCAGGGCCGCAAUAUGAUUCUUACUAUCUACUAUAUACUCAUUACUUACUUAUACAAUUGUAUACGUAAUGAGUGAGUAACAAAUAAUGUUUCGUUUCGACAAUGAACGUUUAAUUCUACAAUAUUAUUAGUAUUUGUUCACCUCUAAUAUACACUAGAAUUGAGAUUAUGACACGAUAAAUAAUAUUUACCUUAUCACUGACUCAAUAAUUAACCAACCAAUCUACCUACCUACCUACCUACCUAUCAAUACUCGCCCAAACUCAGGGCGAGUUCGCAAUGAACAUAUUCAUGUAUUAUUAAUUAAUACACAGUAGUAUUUGAUGGUCGACAUAAUACUAUUAUGAUGUUUGUGCUAAAAAAAAAUCAUCCAAAAUCGUCCGAAAAUAGAACUGAGUUUAAGUAUUAACUAAAAAAAAAAAAAAAAAAAAAAAAACACAAAA